CGUGGAUGAAGUCUGUUCGAUGCUUCGUGCAGGAGGAGAGAAGAAGCUGCACAUCGGUGGGCUCCACUUCAAAACGUGUCACAGACCACGACCGUGCUGCAGGAGGCCUCUGCAAACGCUGCGCUGCAAUGAUCCCAUUUGACACGGCGGAGAAGAAGGUUACAGGUGGGGCGUGGUUUGAUAUCUCGCUGAAUUAUCUCUAGGCAGCCGCCAACAAGCACCACAAAGCCUGGUUCUCAAGCUAUUGUCGUCUGUGAGAUGAAAAUGGACCAAAAGUGGAUUCAGAUGCUGGUGAUUCUGGUGUUUUAUCAAACGAGUGCCUCAGGAGCUGGUGACAAAGUCGUAGAGGGGGGGACAGUCGACAUCAAGUGCAAGCCUGUUGAAGUGUGCAACACGGCCGUCUGGUUUCGAAUUCUGGACAGAUCAGGGAUGGAAUUCAUCGCUUCUUUCGGCCGAAAUGGCGACAAAAAGGGCCCGACUCCUCUCUCCCCAAACAUGCAUUACUCGAAGAUGGAGAACAACAUCCUGACGCUGAAGUCCUUCAGCAAAGUUCGGGACAGCGGCGACUACGGCUGCGCCUGCAUUAUAGGCAACGAGCUGAAAUUUGGCAAAGUAACUCGACUGAUAGGAGAGGAAACAGCUGUGGUCGCGACCAGAGCUCCACUGGUCACCACUGGAAACCCACCCACGACCACCAAGGCCUGUGUUUGUGAAACCAGUCCUUCCAUCUAUUGCUCAAUAAUCAUUCUGGGACCACUGGCCGGCGGCUGCGGCCUUCUUCUUCUCCUCCUCAUCAUCACCAGCCUGUACUGUAACCAAAUAAGGACGCGGAGAUGCCCGCACCACUACAGAAGAAAGCCGCGUACGAUGCCUCCUGGAAAACAGAUGAGGAACAACCCACAUGUUUAAUCUCAAUGCGGCUGUUUUGUUUCUUUUAACUGUGAUUAUUAGUUAUUGUUCCUAAAAUAAUCUUAUUUACAGUUUAAUUACACUGUGAAUAAUUUACUGGCAAGUUAAAACAUUUUCACUGUGUGUGACAGAAAAUACAAAACAGGAAUCUUUCAAGUCAAAUACUCAUCAGACUUUGAAAGCUUUUCAUUGUCAACAUUAUCUGCGUUGUGGUUUUACAGUCGACCGAGCCGCUCUGUCACUAUCACUGUGUUCUCUUUUACUCAAAUAAAACCUUUUGAAGUGUUUACUUAUCCAAUCACUAUCAAUCCAGAUAAUAAAAAAUAAAA